UCCUACGAGAACACGCCUCUCGCAAAGGAUCUCCUUCUUCCCUCCCCAGAAGAGAAGAGGAAACACAAGGAGAAGCGCCUGGUGCAGAGCCCUAGUUCCUACUUUGUGGAUGUGAAAUGCCCAGGCUGCUAUAAAGUCAUCACGGUCUUUAGCCAUGCACAAACAGUCAUCUUGUGUGCUGGCUGCUCCACUGUCCUGUCAGCCUACAGUGGAAAAGCAAGGCUGACAGAAGGAUGCUCCCUCAGGAGGAAGCGGCACUGCAGCCCCUGCCUGAUUCAAGAUGACUGGGAACCUUCCCAAUAA